AUGCCAGCAAGGGUGGCCGCCAUGCCUGCUGCCGUCAGUAGCAGCAGCAGCGCCCUGCCCGCUGGCAAGGUCGACGUUGCAACCAAGGUGGCUCCGAAAACACGUAGCGCUGCAUCGAGGACCACUGCCACUGCAUCCAGCUCGAGCAGAUCAGCAGCCACACCAUCCGCCACCUCCUCGCGCACCACAUCUGGCACGGUCAUGGCGCGCACCGCUUCGGCCACCAGAGCAGCAGCUCCAGCUCCAGCCACAACACCGUCCACUCGCUCCACCAGGACAACCCCGGCCUCAUCGUCGCAGCGAUCCAGCUCUGUCACUACCUCGGCCUCCUCGUCACGCGCAGUGUCUUCGACCUCCCGUGCGACGUCAGUGUCGAAGCCCUCUGCCGCCGCCGCCACCGCCACCAAGCCAACUUCGACUUCCAGGACGGUCAGGAGCACAACAGCUGCCACCGCCCGAACCCGCACAGCCGCUCCGCCAGCUCCAACAGUCCAACAUUCCGUCCUUCAGCAGUCCUGGACAGAGGCGCAAGUUCUCGAAGCCCUCAAAUCACCCAAGGAGGUCCCCGUGGCACUGCCGAACUACCUGCUCCUACGCCUGGGCACAUCAGCACACGAGCUCUUACUUGAACAAGAGCUCACGAGCUCUCCAAGCUUCGAUCCCGCUCCCGAAAAGCUUGCCGCCGCUCGAUCCCUCUACUUUGCCAAGCAGCUCGUCAAUGCCGGCCUCUCGUGGCUCUCGCAGCUCGCAAACGCGGGCUGGUCCGCCAACAGUGCCGAGUCGGCCUCGGAAUUGCCUCACGUGCUAGCAGCUGCUCACACCUUCCGCAUCGCCACCCGCUUCCUCCUUCUCCCUCGCGACGUCUGCGGCACAGGCACGGCUGCGGCGCAAAAGGAGCUCGAAAUCGAAACCAUCAUCCUUCGCACCACCACCAAGCUCAAAUCCAUCGGACUCUCCAAGGUGGCCCAUGCCGACUGCUUAUACCUCGCCCGCACAUCUGCGCACUUCCCGGAUGCUGAGGCCAUCGUGGCUGCAGCAUCGUCAAGCUUGUUGCUGCCACACUUCACGCAGACAGCCGACCCCGCGUCCGAGCCCUCGCCUGCCCGUAUGUCGUUCUUGCUCGACCUGCAGUCCCACUCUGUUCUCAAGGCUUUAGAGGCGGCUGACCUCGACUCGCUCGACUCGAUCCUCACCGAUCUCAACCACGAGCACGGACCGUUGGCUUGGCAAUUGUACGCUCGCCGAUCCGGAGGCGAGACCAAGGUGCUCGACCGCGUCGCCUUUGCCGUAGAGCGCGCCAUCUCCAAAGCACUCCAGCGACUCGAGGCACCCAACAGCCAGGAAUACCUGCCGCUGCGUACGCUCGCCUUGCAGCUCCUCGUCCAGGUCAGCGACAUCGACCUCGCUGCGUUCUGGGAGCGCGUUGCACGCACAGGUGGGGCCGUCCUCAAGACUGCCCACAAGGACGGCUUGAACUUGGCUUCGACCUACGAUGCCGUUCACGACGCCUUCGAGACCGUCAUUGCCACCGCUGCAAACCUCGCCGAGCAUGCUGGCGCCGAGCACAACAAGAUGGCCGGCGACGGCUUCCAGCGCUUCUGUGAGCACUGGCUCAACUUUGCACGCAAGGCUGGAAGCACCGCUGGUGUCGAACGGGCAACUGCUGCGAUGGCAGGCGCGCCGUCACCAGCGCGCUCGGACAUCGUCAAGCCUGCAGCUUCUAAUGGGAUGGUCACGGAUGGGGCUGAGGCGCCGUCAACCAGCUCGCCCGUCCCAGAGAGGCAGUGGAGCGACCAAGACCUCACCAAGAUCUGUGCAAAGCUCACAGCAUGCGUGCUGGCCCUCGACAACGUGCUCGCUGGUAAGGCCGACACCGACACACAGUCCAGGCUCGACGACGCCUGCAAAAUUUUGCAGCGCGAGCUUGGAGGAUGGCCAACAACUGCCGCGACAUCCUCUCAGAUCAAGCUACACCGAGUCGUGGACCAGAUCCAUCGUCGCUGCUGCACCAAGCUCGCAAGCCAAGGCUGCGACAGCAAGGGCCAGCCCAAGCAAGACACCGCCUCGGCUGUUCCCGUCAAUGUCGAUUCGCUCGCACGCGCCUGUUUGCAGCUCUUGCGCGAGCUCUUUGCUUGCUGCCAGCCGUCCGCCUCGGACUCUGCGAUUGCGUCCAGCGAGUCAGUAAAGUCGACGCCUGCGCGACCAACGUCGCUGCCAACUCGCGAUGCGUGCCUUCUGGAUCUCGUACAUGGACACCGAGUGCUCGCCAACAAGCUCUUCUCCAUUUCGUCGUCGCGAGCGCGCGCCGAAUCGCUCGCUGUGCUCGAGAGCUGCCAUGCCCUCCUGCAAUCCGAGCUGACCAGACCGCUGCCCGCCACGGUGCUGUCAGAGCAGCUACGACUCCUCUGCACCAGCUUCUACAAUCCAGGCGGCAUGCUGUACAACGCAGCCAACUACGUCGAGGCAGUCAACUUUCUGCAGGGCGCUGUUGAGUGCGACAUCGACUCGAUCGACCUCCUGCGAUCUUCAUGCGACGGCGAGGAACAGCCAGAGCUGCAGGCAAGCUUGCAAAAGCGUCAGGAAUCCCUGAACAAGAAGCUCGAGUAUGCAGCGGUGUCAUAUCGACUUGGCGGCGACAAGGAGCAGGCAUUGCAGAUGUAUCGAAAGCUGGUCCGCUCCAUCCCCUCGGACAUCCAGGCCAAGAUCGACAAGCGUGUCGGCGACGCCGGCAUCGAGUCGUGCUUCAAGUCGGCGGAUGCAAAGAGCCUGGCCGGGUGGAUCAAGGCUAUCACCGACAUGUCCGUACAUGAACUCGGCUCCGACUUCGCUUUGGACGAUGAGAAGCGUAGCCUCACCCAUUGGGUCCUGCACGCGGACCAACUCGAGAAAAGCGUCAAGGGCGCCAUCCUCGAGCAAGCGGUCCAGCACCUCGACGCCCGCUCUCAUUUUGCGAGCUCGGUCAAGGCGAUCGGCAAUAUCCAUCAGUGCUUGCUGCGCAUCUAUGAUGCCACGCAUUUCCCGCUCCGACGCGCCAGGACUAUCGUUCGUAUGCUCGAGAUGGACGUUCUGUCGCACGCGCUUGCGCUGACGGAAGACGAGUUGACUCAGAUGGAAGAAGACGCGAUCAUUUGCUUCGACAGCCCAUCUCUUGGCGCGGACGAACGUCUCAGUCGGUUCAAGGCGCAGUAUCGCUGCUCGCUGCUGCUGUCUACGGCUCUGCAGGUGCGUCUGCGUCGACCUAACGAGAGCCCGGAGAUUGUGGCAGAGAAAGUCGAGGCGGCUUGCAAAUCUCUCAGCUCCUCCACGCGGGGCACGCCUAAGAAGCAGUCCGCCCAAUCUUUUCCCCAACAACCAUCAAGCAGCUCGCCCAGGUCCGCACAUGCAACACCAAAUGCGACUCCAAGCACCCGAGCCUCGGCUCGUGGACCAAGCACAGCAUCGGCUCGGCUCGCAACCAACCGUAGAGCGCUCGGUCAACGUUCCGCGCCUCCGCAAAAGACGGCUGUCCUGCCGUCCAGCCCAUCCACGCCGCCGUCCAGGGGCAAACCCGUCUUCGAGUCAAAGUCUGCGGCAGUCUCGCGGUCCUCUCCGCUGGCCAGGGCGCCGCCGAAAGAGUCCAUCCUGGACAACGCCAGGCAGUUCUGCCAGUCGGCGCUCACCAUCUCGGAGGCCUUUGCGGCGCUGGCCUUGACGCAGUGCAGCGUGCACAUUCUCAAGGUCGUACGCCAAGCCAUCCGACAUUCGGACGAGUGUACGCCAGAUGCGGACGAGAUGCUGUGUCGCGCAGGUGUCGACCUCGCUCAGGCGUACCUGCGCCUCGGUAAGACCCAGCGCGCGGAAGCUGUCCUUCGCUCCGCAAUGACGCUGGUUUCGGGGCAUACCCCAGCAGGCUAUCCAUCGAGUAAGCCGGUGAUGCUCACCGAUCAUGUUCGCUUCCGCUGCCUCAUGACCCAGGCCGAGCUGUCCUGCCAGACACGAGAUCUAGCUGGCGCACAGGCACGGCUGACCGAGGGUCUGGCACUAGCAAAGGGCCAACAGAAGGGAGACAAGGCGGUCUCUAGCUCAAUGGAACGCUUGCUGCAGAGGGAGCGCCAGGCUCUCGCUUUUGCCGUCGCUGCUCGUCUGCAUGUGGAGAGCGGCGAUCUGGCUUCGAGCAUCGAGUCGAUCACUCAGGCACUUCGACAGCUCAUCCGCCUCUCGUCUAAUCUUGCCAGCAUCGCAAGCCGCACUUCGGCACAGGGCGACGGCCAGGUGGUGCAGGCGGGUCAGAUUAGCAAGGACGCGACGGAAGCUUCGAGCGACGUGGUGAUGGACACGCCUGACAGCACCGAGAAGCAGCCACAGCCGCAGGAGGAGCAGCUGCCCAAGUUUUGCGGCGCCGUGUUCUCGAGCCUCUUUUGGAGAAGCUGCCGUCUGCUGCUCGAAAGCUACAUGAGGCUCAGCACGUCGCACAGCAUCCGGGGCUCGGCGGUCGAGGCCGAAAGCCUGGCUGGCGAGGCGAUCGACUUUGCCACCUCGAUGCGCUUUGCCCUGCCGCUCGCUCGUGCCCUGGUCCAGCGAGGCGAGCUGCGCCUCCAACUCAAUCGCACCGAGCUAGGCCAACAAGACCUGUCGCGAUGCAUGGCGGUGCUUCAAGAAACUUGGAUCCCCGAGGUCGUCCCUCUGUCCUACGUUCAGGGCGACUGUCUCAUGCGCAUCGAGCAGCUCGGCGAGGCGUUGCGCUCGUACGCUACUGGCGAGGCCACGUUGCGCACGCUCAGCACUGCGUUCGUCGAGGCCGAACACGCGUCGCCGUCACCCAAGGCACAGUCACACCACCGCAGGAAAUCGAGCCUGUCGCUCUCAGCUGGACAGAACCGAAUGCGGCUGAGCCAAUCAAUCACAGGCGCGGGCAUGGACGUGCUUCUGCCGGACGUGCAGUCCAGGCUCUUGCAGAGACAGGCGUGGAUCCUGCAUUUGAUGGGCGAAGCGGAGCAAAGCGAGGAGGCAGUCGAAAAGGCCGCCAGUGUUUGGGACGGCCAGGCAUCAACCGAUGUGCGCGUCGAUCAGUUCGUCCUCGAGGGCCGCAUUGCACUGCGCAGGGCGCUUCAGCAUCUCAAGGGCGAUCACUUCUUUAGCAUGCUGCCCGAAGCCGCCAUCUCGAUCCCAAUGGUCCCCUCGGUCAGUGUUCGCACGCUGGCCGCGACUACGGGCUCGAACCACGCCAUCUCCGAGGAGACGGUGAAGGCGGCGUUCGACAUGCUGACGCCCGCCGACUCGGCGUUCCGCGAAGCGCUUUCGUUGGGACUGCGGUCGUCCCACUCGCUGUCGCUGCGAGAGGCGUUCGCCAGCCUCGCCCAAGUCUACACCACGCAAGCGGCACUCGGCAAGAACGUCAAGAUGGCUGCCAACGCGGCUGCCGCGCUGCUGGAUUGGGCCUCGAGCGUGGGUGUGCGCAGAAACCUGCUCAUGUCGAUCUCGGCCAAGCUGCGAAACUCGGACGCAGUUCUUCAGGAUCAAGACUGGCCCGUCAUCACGGACGAUCACGCGGUCGCUAGGUCCGCGCGUUCUUCAGCCGCGGGCGUGAGUGACUGCGAUCACGAUGCUCUGCCGAGCCGAUUGGCGAAGCUCACGCUGAACGAUCGUGCUCGCGCAGGUCGAGGCGAGCGCUCAAGCCGAGGCAAUCCCUGGUCGACUUUCUGGCAGUCUGUCCGCCUGCGCCACCAGGAGGCGCAGCACGAAGCCGGGUCUGCCAAGCUGCUGCUUCCACGCAACUGGACCGUGGUCUCGAUCUCGGUCCGCGGCACCGACGUCGAGAACCUCGUGUUGACCCGACAGCAGGGCGGCGGAGGCGCCGACGGCUGCUCUGCCAAAGAGGCCGUGCUGUAUAGCCUGCCGAUGAAUCGACGCAGCAAGCGAGACGGCACCGAGGAAGACGAGGAGCAUCUGACGCUCGCGGCGGCCAAGGACAAGCUCGUCGAAAUCGUGCAGCUGAGCAACGACGGCAUCCACGGCGUGCGCGACAUCCAGGGAAUGGAGGGUAGGCGGCAAUGGUGGACCGAGCGCCACCGUCUCGACGACGAACUGCGUGACCUGCUUCAGGCACUUCAAGACACGUGGCUCGGCGGCUUCAAGGGCGUCUUUGCCGAGCCGAUGCUGGAUGAUCGAGCCGUUGCCGGGUUGCGCGCGAGGUUCGAGAAGAUCAUCCGACGCGCCUGCUUCCCGACCACCAACAAGCGUCCGACGAAACUCAAGAUGGACGAUGCCGUGUUCGAAUGCUUUGCCGGUCUGCCGGCCGACUGCACCGACGAGGAUCUCGAGGACCUGGUGCACUAUGUCAUGGAUGCGCUUCAGUUCAGUGGCUUCCAGGUGGCGGUGGACGAGAUCGACCUCGACGAGACGGCGAUGGAUCUGCGAGGUGCGCUCGAAGAAUUCCACGGAAAGAAGGUUCAGAGCUCGCCGAACAAGGUCAACAUGACGUACGUCGCGGCCGAGGAGGAGGAGGAGGCAAGCGACCAUCACAUCUUCCUGGUGCUCGACAAGGACACGGCGCCGUUCCCUUGGGAGUCGAUGCCGAUCCUGCGCGGCAAGUCGGUCAGCCGUAUCCCGUCGAUGGCCUUCCUGCAGGACCGCAUUCAAAUGGCACCGGUCUUUUGCCGCCAGCCGGCAGCACCGCAGGAUGACACUGAAGACGAGGACGAGGACAUCGAGGCAAGCCCGCUGCAGAAGGGCCGACAUGGAGCAAGGACACAGAGUCGCUCGCCAUCAAAAGCAACACGCACGCUCAGGGGAGCCACGCUUGGGAGCAAGAGCAGCGAGCGAGUGGACGACGGAAACUCGAAUUUGCAGAGCUCGGCGUGGCAGGUGGCGUUGCGCAACGGCAAGCUGUACAGCCUGUCGAAGCGUCGCACGUCGUACCUGCUCAAUCCUGGAGGCGAUCUGGGUCGCUCCGCGCUCGGAUGGAAGGGCAUCGUUGGCCGUCAACCGAUUGUCGACGAGCUGCCGGAGGCGCUCUCGUCGUCCGACCUGCUGCUCUACUUUGGGCACGGCGGAGCGGAGCAGUUCAUCCGACAGAGUAAGCUGCGCGACCUGGAGCGAUGCGCCGUCGCCAUGCUUUGGGGCUGUUCGUCGGCCAUGCUCCACGACAAUGGCGACUUUGACCGCACAGGUACGCCGCUCAACUACAUGUGCGGCGGCGCGCCGGCGAUGGUGGGCAAUCUGUGGGACAUGACCGAUCGCGAACUGGAUUCGGUCUGCGAGGGCGUGUUUGGCCGACUCGGACUGAUGGAGGCGGGAGAGCGCGCCCCGCUCAAGUCGACCGCAAGGAAGCUCAAGGUCGACGCCGAUGGCAUCCUCGUGGCUAGUAGAGCACCGACUCAGAUGUCGCUGGCUCGUGCAGUCGCAGAGAGUCGCGACGACUGCAGACUUCCGUACUUGACCGGCGCCAGCACUGUUGUCUACGGUGUGCCCGUCUACUGGAACGACGACGCCCUGUGA